CCGUCACAAAUAUCAUAUAUUGUCAUCUCGAUUAUUCUCGAACCGAUCGAUGUCGCGGCCUAACAACUAGGACGAGAGUACGUCCGGCUCAUCAGACGCUGGAACCUGCCGGACCUAGACACCGGCCCUCGAGCGUACCUUAACCUCUGCCGCUACCCCGCCCCCUACAUUCCAACAUCCCACUUUGCGACCCCUCCCUACCUUAAGCGGCGCAAGAACAAGCUAAUAAUCAGGUACCACCACCACCACCACCACCACCCUCUUCAACCUCAUCGGUUAAACCCAACUUCAUCUUCCCCCCAACCGUCACCGCCGCCCAAAUACGCCACAAAACAUAAAGGAAGGAGGAGGAAAGCAGAUCACAAAACAGAACAACAAAAAGAAGAAACCCCAAGAAGGAAGAAAGAAAGAAAGAAGGAAAAUGGCAGCCCCCACCCCCACCAAAGACCGCAUAACUUGCCACAUCCUCGACACCACCACAGGCCGUCCCGCCCGAGGCGUCCGCGUGCGCCUCUCCUCCCCAGGUUCGACCAGGAACAGCGCCGACCCAACCCUCCCCCCGACCCUCUCCGGCGCCUCAAAGACCUUCGAGUCCCUCACCGACGACGACGGCCGCGUCAAGUCCUGGCUGCCCUACAGCUCGGCCACAGCCUCGGGCGACGUCCCCGUCUACACCCUCGAGGACGUCCUCGGCGACAUCCGCGGGCCCUCGCGCUGGACCCUCCGCUUCGACGUCGAGGGCUACUUCGCCGACCAGGGCAAGGACUGCUUCUUCCCCGAGGUCGUCGUCGUCUUCAACGUCCAGGAGGGCCAGGGCUAUCAUGUCCCCCUCUUGCUGUCGCCGUUUAGCUACACCACCUACCGCGGUAGCUGAGGAUCGACACAUUUUGCGGUGAAGAGGAAAACGAAGAACCGAGUGCAUUAGCAUGUCCUUCCUGAGGAGGAAACGCGGCGCAUGGCGAAAGAAGAGGCUAUUGUGAUUGGCAGUUGGAGAGUUGAAGAACGAGAAAGAACUGAACUAUCAAAGCGACCUACCAACGCCGACCGACUGAUUCCAUAAAUAUAAUAUCGCAGCAGCUGUGGCCAUGACGGUUAUGAUAUAUUGCUAGAGUGUUCUCAAGGAAAGCUACCCCCCCCCACUCGUGCGAUAAGACUGAAGUCAAGUUUGUUGCAAGUCCGCCUGUUCCGUCGGACGACUUCGGACUGUUUCCCACCGUCCAUCGCAGCCUCCGUUUUGCUAUCAGUACCCACCAACUCCCCCUAGAUAAAUACACAAACAAUGUAAUGUACUCAGAGCCAAGUAGUUAAAUGCUGUUGGAAGAAAAAAGGAUUAAGAAAAAUAGAAACUCCGCGCUAAC